AUUAAAUGAGUGAGGAUUGGAAGAAAAAAAAAAUAGAUAAUUUCGUCAUUCUUAAUAAAAUAUUAGGAAAGGGUGCUUAUGGGACAGUGUAUUUAGGAUAUAUGGACAUAGGAUAGAGUUAAGUAAGAAUUGCAGUAAAAACGGUACCAAUGGAUGUAUGAACAUUAGUAAAUUUAUAGUCUGUGAAAUAAUCUCCAUAAAUCUUAAAUUUGAUUAAAAGAGAGUCAACUAUUUUAAAAUCUGUUGAGCAUCCAAACAUUGUUAGGUUAUACAAUGCAAAUAGAACUUAAAAUUACAUAUAUAUCUUUUUAGAAUUUUGUUCUGAUGGAGAUUUGAGAAAAUUCAUGUUGAGCAAAAAGGAAAAGCAUUUAUCUGAAGUUAUUUUUGAUUAAAUUAGUAGCUAGAAGCAAUAAUAUUUCUAAAACAUAUAGUUGAAGGAUUUAAAGAAUUGUUUUCUAAGAAAAUAAUUCAUAGAGAUAUAAAACCUGAGAAUAUUUUAUUAUCAAAUGGUAUAGCUAAGAUUGCUGAUUUUGGAUUUGCUAGAGUAAUGGAUGUAGAAAUGGAUGGUAUAAUUAGUUUAUAUUAAUUUUAUUAGAGCCUGGUAAAUUUUCAAGAAAUGGGACUCCAAUAUAUAUGUCUCCAUAAAUAUUGAGAGGUUAACCAUUUUCUGCUAAAUGUGAUGUAUGGUCAUUAGGAAUUUUAUUUUAUGAAAUGCUUUAUGGUAAGACUCCAUGGUAGGCAGAGAGUUAAAUUUAAUUAGAACAAUUAAUAUUAAAUAAACCACUAAAGUUUCCAACUAAACCUGUUAGAAGCUAAAAAGUUAAAGAAUUAGUUGCCAUGAUGCUUUAAAUUGAAGAAAAAGUAAAUUAAUUUAUUAUUUGUAGGAUAGAUUAAGUUGGUAACAUAUUUUUGAAAAUUAAGUUAUUAAAAUGAAUGAAGAUACAGUUAGAUAAAAUAUGAAUGAAAUAAUGAAAGAAGAUCCUAUGACUAAAUCAAUGAGUUUAAACAAGAUUUAUUUAGAUUAAUAUAAAGUAGUAGGAUAUUUACAUACUAAAAUUGAGGAUUAUAGAGAGGAUAGUAAAAAUGAUUUAGAUGGUUUAAAAUAAAUGUUUGAUGAAGAAAAUGUAAUCUUUCAUUUAUUGAUAUUUAUAGCCUGAUUUGAUCUUAUCUUAAUAUUAAAAGGAAAUGAAGAGAAGAGAAUCAUUUUAAAAAUUCUACACUUAUUAUUUAUAUGAAAGAAAUGUUGCUUUUUUUAUUAAUUAUACUCAAUUGAGAAUUAUUAAAUUAUAGACAUUUGGAGAUAUAAACCUUAAAAAAGAUGAGUUUUUAUAAUUGAUUUUCAUGUUAGCUAGAAAUUAAUUGUUACAUUUGGAUAAAAUUAAUUUGGCAUUGAAUUCUAAUAAACAUGAUUAAUUUGAUUAGGAAUUAUGGGGUCGAUUUAUUGUUAGUAAAGUAAAAUACUUUAUUUUAUUAAUUUUUAAAGGAUUGUUAAAGGUUAUUAACUACUAUCAAAAAUGACAUAAAUGUAAUUAGGGAUGUUUUCAUAUAAGUCAGAGAAAAAUGUCCUUAGUAUUAAUAAUUUUUUGAAAAAAUAGAUUAAAUAAAAGAAUUCUUGGGAUAAUAUAAAUUUAUUAUUUCAAAAACUAUAGAUUUUUUGAAGCCAUAAUCUAAUAAUCCUGGAAAGGAUGUUCUAACUGGAGUCUAUUAUUUAAAAAUAUGUCUUAAUCCUUAUGAAUUCUUCAAAUCAGUUGAUUUCGAUUUCAAUUCAUUUUAUGAAGAAAUAGAAAAUGCACCAGAGGAAGAAUUAAAAAUUAAAAUCUGAG